ACAGUCGAGAGUCCCAUGACGUUGAUCAACUGCAUAGAAGCAAACCUGCGGGUCCUCGCGCGGAGCUAAGGUGGUGUCAAGACUCGGAUGUUUGCUGAACAUGACAGCUUUCACUUUGGCAGCAGAAUAAUAAGUUUGUACAACUGAAAGCAGUUCUAUCGGUCGGAGUAAAAAUGCAGUCUUACCAUCGCGGUCCGUUAUAAAGAUGUGAGUGAUCGAAACCCCGGUGAUUAUUAAACAUGUCCGGUGGAAAGCUCUUCGGUAAGGUUCGGUCCGCCUUCAGGAGGGAUCGCAGCGGCUGGGACCUGAACGACACCGCUCCGUUUGACUUUUCUGAUGACCUGGUGGAAGAUGACGAGGGCCCCAAAUUUAACAAACUGAAGGUGGUCGUCUCCGGAGAGAUGUCCGAUUACUCUGCCGGGGCUCCGUCCAACGGGGUGGCGGUGAGCACCGUGGUGGUCCCUCCAGAUGUAGGCGGUCAGGAUGAUGAUGACUCCCUGUUGGACUCCUCCAGCCUGGGCAGCCCGGGUUUGAACAUGGACCCCUGUGAUAACUGUACGAAGAAGAGGGAGAGGAUCAAACACAGGAGGGUGAUGAAGAGGCUUAUCAUUGCAGCUGUGUUGUAUUUCCUGUUCAUGACAGGGGAAAUUAUAGGGGGUUAUGUGUCUAACAGUCUAGCCAUAAUGACUGAUGCUGUGCACAUGCUAGCAGAUGUGGUUGGUAUCUUGUUUUCUCUGCUUGCCUUGUGGCUUUCCACCAAACCGCCCACCAAGAGAUUCACCUUCGGACUGCAUCGCCUAGAGGUGGUGUCAGCAGUCCUCAGUGUGGUGCUCAUCUACAUCCUGACGGGUAUACUGCUUUACGAAGCCGUCCAGAGGACUGUACAUCAGGACUUCAAUAUAGACGGGGACGUCAUGCUCAUCACUGCAGCUGUAGGGGUGGCUGUUAAUGUUAUAAUGGGAUUUUUGCUGAACCAAGGCGGUCAACUCCACUCACAUGGUCACGGUCACUCUCAUGGCCCGGCGGCUCCCUCAGGUCCACAGGCUGGGUCGGGUCAGCAGAGGCCUCACGGGAGCCUGGCCGUAAGGGCAGCCUUCAUCCAUGCUUUAGGGGAUCUCCUCCAGAGCGUCGGGGUUCUCAUAGCUGCUUACAUAGUCCGGUUCAAGCCGGAGCUAAAGUUGGCAGAUCCCAUCUGCACUUACAUUUUCUCAGUUCUGGUGCUCUUCACCACUGUCCGCAUCAUUCGAGACACAAUAAUCAUUGUACUUGAAGGUGUUCCCAGACACUUGGACACUCAGAGAAUCAAGGAGGACCUCCUUAAGAUGGAGGAUGUCCAAUCUGUCGACGAGCUGAAUGUCUGGGCGCUGACGGCUGACAAGACUGCAGCUCUGCUGCAUCUGCAGCUCACUCCCUCUAGUGCCAACAACUGGGAAGACGUCCAGGCCAAGGCCCGCCACCUGCUGCUUCACACGUACGGCCUCACCAGAUGCACGGUGCAGGUCCAGACUCACAGACAGAGGACAGUACGUAGCUGCGCACAGUGUCAACAGCCCAGUGUCUGAGAAUCCUCCUCACGCCGACACAGGCUGUUCAUUCCAGUGGAGGCAGAGAUGAGCGGAUACGCAGGGGCCUGGAUGCCUCGGUUGCAGCAGUAAGAGCUGGAGAGUACAGACGUAGGUGGAAACCAAGGGCGGUGCCAAAUCUGUCAUUGAAACGACAACAGAUGCACGUUUCUAAUUAAAGGAGAGCUGCAGCCCCUGGGGACUUGAUGCCCUUGUGCUUGCAUAGCUCUUAUUGGGUGGAAUUUGACCUUCAAUGCUGAAAAAAAAAAAUCUGAAAACUUGAUCUUAAUUCACCAUUAAAGCCUACCGCAACAGGUGACUUUCUUUGCAUUAAAGGG